AUGGAGAAGGAGGAGGAGAUGGAUCUGAAUCUGCGUAAAAUCUGUUCCAUGUCCAGAUCCCAAGGGAAACCAGGGAAACAACCACCCCCAGACCGCCAACACACAGCAGGGCUCGAUUCUCCUCCCUUAAACAAAAUUGAAAAAUUGAAAACUGUUUUAAUACAUGUAAUAUCCUCAAUACAACCUGGAUAUGCAAGUUUGAAAACCGGGUUCUGUGAUCAAAACAGAGACGGAGAGACUUUGAUCAAACACCCUCCUGGUGGAUACUUGUUGAUCUCUCCCGCCACCCCUCGCGCAGUCGCACCAACCUCCUGUCUACAUCACAGCCUCAGUCUACCAACGGGAACAUGUGAGAUAAGUCUACACUCUCAGUGUCUACACGUAGUCUACACAAUCUACAUGACGUCAUCACAUAUAUGCAUCUCUCUCGCACUCAUGCUACGUCUGGCUCUAGCCUAUCAAGGAGGACGACUGCCUCCGGAACUGAGAGCCACUCAAACUACCUCACCAUGCAGACUUGCUGGGGAGAAGGAGGUACCUCAUGGCCAUCAGAUCGAGAGGGACGACCCGUGUGAGUUCUGCAUCUGUAUUGACAGCAAAGUAUUCUGCUGGUGGGGCCAACAACACUGCACCAACAACGAGUCAUCCGAUAACUCUACAGACUCAACCUCCCCCAGCUGGAGUGAUUCCUCGGACAACUCCUCUUCUCUCAACACUACAGACUCCACGGAGCCCUCCACCACGCCGACCUUGUGCACAGUCAUGGGCAGGCAGUACUCUGUGGGUGCUGUACUGCCCAGGGAUACAGGCACCUGUCUGGAGUGUGUCUGUGGAAAAGCUGGCAGAGUUACAUGUAGCCCCAAGGACUGUAUACGUCCAAGUGACGACUUCCACAACUCGGACCCAAGUAACUCCUUGGAUAUGUUCGACGUCGAUGUAUUCUGAGCUACCUAGAGUUUUCCUUCCCUUAUAAUCCUAGGGCGGUAAUAGCUGUGAUGGUUUCCACGUCCCACUUCACAAUCCAAAUAAAAAGAAUGAUGGUCGGAGAGCCAUAUGAAUCACCAAAUAGCCUGUAUGUACUGCUUAGUUAGGUUGAUUUUGUUAUUUUCUUUAUUUUGCUUUUGGAAAAACAAGGAUUUUUUUUUAGAACAUGCCAUUUAUUUUUUAAUUCCACACUAGAGUCAAUUGAGUUUCAUCUGUUUGCGGCAUUAUGUAUCAAGUAUUGAGAUUGAUAAAAUGUGCGUUCAUGGGAGGCGAAUCGUGUUAUUAAAUAUUUACGCGUUAAUUGUUUGUUAUUAAAUACAAGUAUUCUGGUUGGUACACGAUAAGGUUAUAACAAUUGUUUUAGAAAUAUUUUACCCAUUUGUGCAAUAUUUUAACAACUAAUUAGUUAAAUACGUAUAAUUGUGAAGUGGGAUAUCGACAUAUAUAUUUCUAUUUAUUGUAGGCUAUUUAUUUAAGUUUGAGUCUUAAAUAAAAAAGGCUAUCUUUUAAUAACUUUUAUUAUUUUACAUUUUAAAUGCACACUAUUUUUGUUUAUAUUUACACCCAUAAAUAUGCGAUAAAAUUAUGUUUACAUAAGAAAAGACAUUGUAAUGGACUUCAACAAAUAUUCCGAGAAUCACUCGACAUUUGCUUUUCAAAUAAAUCAAACGACCACAAGCAAUACAAUUAUUAGUACUGUACAUCAAUAAUUUUGUUUAAAAAUAUUUUUUAAACUGUAUUGUCUUUCGUGUGUGUAUAUAGUGACUGUGUCAACUUAAACAUCGUUCAAUGAUACUUUAUGUUAAUAGGCUACUUUAAUCUCUCUAGAAACACUGUAUGUAUGCAUAUCACAUUAAAAAAUCUUAAGUGUAUCAAAGUGUUCUUAGACGUAUUCAAUUAUACCUUCUGAUCAUUUAAAUUUUCCAACAGUGUUUCCAUAGCCUACAGUUAUAAAAAUAUUUUCUGCAGUUUAUAAAAUGACAUAUCAGUACAAAAUUUACUUUACUUCACUGAAGCCUUUGUUGGAUAUGUCAGUAAACAGACAAUAAUAGGUAGUCUACUUAGAAAACCAGUCGGGCAUUAUUUGCUUCUAGAGUUUCUAAAACUUAUUUAAAAUAUGCACCAAUAUUACAGAAAAAGAUAUUCGUAAUAUUAUUUAUCUUCUUUCAAUGCAAUCUGAUAUAAAACAAAAAAUGCAUUAGUACUUUUAUGAGACAAUCUUCAAAAGCCAACGGCCUAUUCUAACAACCCAAACUUGUCUACUAGACUUCCCUAAUCGCCUUUCAAAAACUCUUUCAAAUAAAAAUGUUGUUUUAACUAAUAAAAAAAUGUUUGGUUGUUCUAGUUUUUUUUUUUUUUU